CAUUAGUGCUUAUCUUCUUCUCCGCCUUUCAUUGUUCCAGAUACAACUUUGAACACACAAACUAUAUCAUUUGUCGUCUAUUUUCGCUCAAUUUUCUCGUUUCCCCAAUUUUUCUGGUCAUUAGCAAUCGGACAAAUGCGAAGUGAAAAAAAAAAUGAGUUUUUGAAGUGCAUAUCUGAGAUUUGUGGAUGCGAAGGCUGUGAAUAUUCCCACCUUGUAAAGCUCAUCCCGAAUGCCGCCUGUUCCUUCACCCUUCCUCUCCAUUUGAACGAUAUCCCCUUUCUCCCUCGCUAUCUUUGCUUCUUCUAACCUCCAACUACAACGUCACCUUUCUAGAGCUCUCAAUCUUCGGACAUAUUUAUUCUUGCUCGCAGGAGCCGCUUUAGGUCCGCAUCUCUUCCCAUCCCAUGCGCUUUUGAGGAGAUUCUGCGGCAAGGAUGGAGAUAACUAAUGUUUCAGAGUACGAAAUCAUCGCCAAGCAGAAGUUGCCGAAAAUGGUUUAUGAUUACUAUGCUUCUGGGGCGGAAGAUCAGUGGACACUGAAGGAGAACAGGGAAGCAUUUUCUAGAAUACUGUUUCGCCCACGUAUACUUAUAGAUGUAUCAAGUGUUGAUAUUACCACUACCGUCCUCGGAUUCAAGAUUUCGAUGCCCAUCAUGAUCGCCCCAACGGCUAUGCAGAAAAUGGCUCACCCGGAAGGAGAGUAUGCGACAGCAAGGGCAGCCUCUUCUGCUGGGACUAUUAUGACACUGUCAUCUUGGGCUACUUCAAGUGUUGAAGAGGUUGCUUCCACCGGGCCGGGAAUACGUUUUUUCCAGCUUUAUGUCUACAAAGAUAGGAAUGUGGUUGCACAGCUUGUCAGGAGGGCUGAGAGGGCUGGCUUCAAGGCGAUAGCCCUUACUGUGGAUACUCCUCGGCUUGGCCGUAGGGAAGCUGAUAUCAAGAACAGGUUUACAUUACCUCCAUUCUUGACUCUCAAGAACUUUGAGGGCCUGGACCUUGGCAAGAUGGAGAAGACUGAUGAUUCUGGCUUGGCUUCGUAUGUCGCCGGUCAAAUCGACCGCUCUCUGAGCUGGAAGGAUGUGAAGUGGUUGCAAUCAAUCACUUCCUUGCCAAUUCUUGUUAAAGGAGUUCUAACUGCUGAAGAUGCAAGUCUGGCUGUCCAAAAUGGCGCAGCUGGUAUCAUAGUAUCCAACCAUGGAGCACGACAACUCGAUUAUGUUUCCGCAACCAUCACCGCACUCGAAGAAGUUGUCAAAGCUGCUCAAGGCCGAAUUCCUGUUUUCCUAGAUGGCGGUGUCCGCCGUGGAACCGAUGUUUUCAAAGCACUUGCUCUUGGGGCCUCUGGUGUUUUUAUAGGAAGGCCUGUGGUGUUCUCUUUGGCUGCUGAGGGAGAAGCAGGAGUGAGAAAGGUGCUGCAGAUGCUCAGAGAUGAGUUUGAACUCACAAUGGCUUUAAGUGGCUGCACCUCUCUGAAAGAUAUCACUCGAAAUCAUAUAAUUACUCCAUCUAACACAAACCAUGCCAUUUCUGCGAGGCUGUAAAUCGGUUUUGAGUGAUUUUAAGGAGGAAGAAGAAGAAAGUACUGGUUCUGAAGAUUCAAGUUCCGAUCUUGAUGAUGAAGGUAAUAAGUAAAUUUAUAAGAUUUGCUAUAAAUUGUAGCUGCAUAUAUUGUAUAACUUUAUUGUUGCUACAGUUCUUGUGAGAUCUGAUUAUCUGAUUUUGAUAAAUCUGUGAGAAAGUUUAUGCU